AUGCAGCGGGAUAGUUCUUCAUCGCAUACAGAGGCUUCGGACAAGUCGAUAGGAAAUCCGAAGGAAGAACUCGAGAAAAUUCACGACAAGAUACACACAAAGCUUUCCACUAAUGGCGAUAGCCACCUAGUAGAAGAAAUACGUGAUACCCCAGGCGGAGAUUUGACGAAAAUUACAACCACUGAUAUAGAGAAACAGUCUCUGCCGCAACCACAGGAUUCGGAGUUGAAUGUCGAUGGAGGAUAUGCAUGGGUGAUAUGUUUUGCAUGCUUUCUCCUAAAUUUCAGCACAUGGGGGAUGAACUCUGGGUUUGCUAUCUACUUUGCCAACUACUUGAAUAACAACACAUUUGCAGGCGCUACAAAAAUGGACUACGCCUAUAUCGGUGGUAUAGCCUUUGGGGUAGGGUUGUUCUGUAGCCCGGCCAUCAACUUCAUUCAAGGCAAGAUAGGCACCAGACCCACUAUAAUAGUAGGUAACUGUCUUCAGUUUACAGGGCUCAUGUUGGCUAGUUGGUCUAGAAAGCUCUGGCAACUUUACUUGACUCAGGGUCUUAUCCAGAGUUUUGGGCUAGCCUUCAUCAGCAUUCCUGCCACAACUGUUCUUCCCCAGUAUUUCAAGAAAAAGAGAAUUUUGUCUGGGGGAUUGUCUUCAGCAGGUUCUGGAGUUGGUGGUAUUUGUUUCAACUUAGGAAUGCAACAUGUUGUUGAGAGUAAAGGUGUCUUCUGGGCACUUCGUGUUCAGAGUAUCAUUGGAUUUGGCCUCACUUGGAUUGCUAUUUCGUUGAUCAGAAGUAGAUCCAAAGCCCACAAGAUCCAGUUCACUGCCUUUGACUCUGCUGUUGUCAGUAGUGCUGCCUUCUGGAUCCUUUCCUUCUUUGUCAUUACCUGUAUGUUUGGCUAUGUAAUCGUGUUAUACACGUUGGCACAGUUCACUACAUCUAUGGGAUAUAGCGAGUACCAAGGAUCGAUCGUAUCUGCUAUGGUACAAUUAGGAUCCUGCUGUGGAAGACCAAUUAUAGGUUUAUUGGCAGACAAGUUCGGAGGUGCUACUGUUUCAGUGGUUGCAUAUACUGUUGUUGGAACCCUUUGUUUGGCUAUGUGGGUACCUGCUAGAAACUACGCAACAAUUGUUGCCUUUGCUAUUAUUCAAGGUGCCCUUAUGGGUUCGAUCUACGGUAUGAUUGCUGGCGUUGUAGCUCGUACCUUUGGUUUGCGAAAGAUGAAUGUUGCCUUCUCCAUGAUUUGGACUAUCAUGGGUGCGGCCGGGCUCUUUUCUCCUGUCAUUGGCAUCAAGCUCACCAAAGGAAACGGAGCUAUUCUAGAUCCUGGUCUGUAUAUCAAUUGUUCUAUAUUUGCAGGUGUUUCCUUCUUGGCCUGUGCUGGCUCCUUGUUACUAUUAAGAGGCUACAUCAAGGCUAGAGACCAUCUACAAGUAGAUCAGCAUACUGAUUCCGAUCAGGGAGACUACACUGGUAUCAACGUACCAUUCAAGCUGGUAAUCACCAGUUGUUUCAAGACGAGUCACGAAAAAACAUAA